GCACUAGAAAUAAGCAGUAAAUCUGUGGUCCUCUGGUCAGCAAGUCCUGGCAAUGAAUCCACUGCGGCUGGUGCAAAGAAUUCUGGGAUGUCUGACAGUGAAAUGGAUGGAAAGACACAUAUUCCAUCUCUACUUAAUGUCCUUUUGUCCAGAAAUCGGGUCGUGCAAAUGAGCUACUUGAAAAGUAAAGAAAAAGGAUAUGGAAAACUAAGCAGUGACGAAGACCUGGAAAUAAUUGUUGAUCAAAAGCAGGGGAAAGGCUCUAGGGCGGCAGAUAAGGCUGUUGCCAUGGUGAUGAAGGAGAUACCGAGGGAGGAGUCUGCUGAAGAAAAGCCCCUCCUUACUAUGACAUCACAGCUGGUGAAUGAACAGCAAGAAAGCAGACCCCUCCUGAGUCCCUCCAUCGAUGACUUUCUCUGUGAAACCAAAUCGGAGGCAAUAGCAAGGCCAGUAACGUCCAACACAGCCGUAUUGACUACAGGCUUAGAUCUCCUUGACUUGAGUGAACCUGUCUCUCAAACCCAAACCAAAGCCAAGAAGUUGGAGGCCUCAUCAAAAACCUCAUCCCUCAAGAAAAAGGCUGAUGGGUCUGACCUCAUCAGUGCAGAUGCUGAGCAGAGAGGCCAGGCUCUCCGAGGCUCGGAGACAGCAUCCUUAGACUUAAACAUUCAAACACAACUGGAAAAAUGGGAUGAUGUUAAGUUUCAUGGAGAUCGAAAUAGCAAGGGGCAUCCCAUGGCAGAGAGAAAAUCAAGCUCAUCUAGAACUGGAUCAAAAGAACUUUUAUGGUCUUCAGAGCACAGAUCUCAGCCAGAACUGAGUGGUGGGAAAAGCGCCUUGAACUCUGAGUCAGCUUCAGAGCUGGAACUAGUGCCUCCAACACAGGCUCGACUGACCAAAGAGCAGCGCUGGGGGAGCGCCCUGCUGUCCAGAAACCAUUCCUUAGAAGAAGAAUUUGAAAGAGCGAAAGCAGCUGUGGAGUCAGAUACAGAGUUUUGGGAUAAGAUGCAAGCAGAAUGGGAAGAAAUGGCCCGGAGGAACUGGAUAUCGGAGAACCAGGAAGCCCAGAACCAGGUUACAAUCUCAGCCAGUGAGAAGGGUUAUUACUUUCAUACUGAAAACCCCUUCAAAGAUUGGCCUGGAGCAUUUGAAGAAGGCUUAAAAAGGCUUAAGGAAGGGGACCUGCCAGUCACCAUCCUGUUCAUGGAGGCAGCAAUUCUUCAGGACCCUGGAGAUGCAGAGGCGUGGCAAUUCCUCGGGAUAACCCAAGCAGAGAAUGAAAAUGAACAAGCAGCUAUUGUCGCCCUCCAGAGGUGUUUAGAAUUGCAGCCCAACAACUUGAAAGCUCUGAUGGCCUUGGCUGUGAGUUACACUAACACCGGCCAUCAGCAAGAUGCUUGCGAAGCUUUAAAGAACUGGAUUAAGCAGAAUCCAAAGUACAAAUACCUUGUGAAGAGCAAGAAGGGAUCUCCAGGCCUUACCCGGAGGAUGUCUAAGUCUCCAGUUGAUAGCUCUGUUCUGGAAGGAGUGAAGGAAUUAUACCUGGAAGCUGCCCACCAAAAUGGAGAUGUGAUUGACCCAGAUCUGCAGACAGGCUUGGGGGUGCUAUUCCACCUGAGUGGAGAAUUUAAUAGAGCAAUAGACGCAUUUAAUGCUGCCUUAACUGUUCGACCAGAGGACUAUUCGUUAUGGAACCGUCUUGGGGCAACCUUGGCAAAUGGAGACCGCAGCGAGGAGGCUGUGGAGGCCUAUACACGAGCACUGGAGAUUCAGCCGGGCUUCAUCCGGUCCAGAUACAACCUGGGGAUAAGCUGUAUCAAUCUGGGCGCCUACAGAGAAGCAGUCAGCAAUUUUCUCACUGCCCUCAGUUUGCAAAGAAAGAGCAGGAAUCAGCAGCAAGUCCCUCAUCCUGCAAUCUCUGGGAAUAUCUGGGCUGCCCUUAGAAUUGCCCUUUCUCUGAUGGACCAGCCGGAACUCUUCCAGGCGGCUAAUCUCGGUGACCUGGAUGUCCUCCUAAGAGCUUUCAACUUGGAUCCUUAA